CCACAGCUUUUGCAGAAGAAGGUCUCGUCAUAUGCAAUGUGCACAAUCCGUGCCAUUGCAGCCAGUUAGCCUUACGCAUUCCAUCGAAGACUUGCUUGCUCACUUGUACGGAACAUUUGGCCUGAAGGUUGAGUGAUGGGUCCCUGAGACUUUGAGAACCAGUACCAUUUUCUGCUAGGUUUUGUAGCAAUCAUGCAGAACGUUUGGGUGUGUGACGUGUGGUGGUGGGUUCCGUAAGUUUAGAAGAAACACUUGCAACCAAUGUCAGCUUUAAAAGAGUUCGAUUGAUCCUGUUCGGUGAUUCACAGUGUGGGCAUCUACAGUUGGAACUUUUGAGUCUGCUGAAUCUACGUUCAGUCGACCCCGGAAACCCCUUUGCUCGACAAAGGCUCUCUAGUCUCUCUUUAUCUCUCACCCUCCCUCUCUCUCGCUUUCUCUCGCUCACCCUCGCUUUCUCUCACUCACCCUCGCUUUCUCACUCAGCCUCGCUCUCUCUUGCGCUCUGGCUCUGUUUGCUGCGGUGCGGAGCAGGGGUGGUGGCGGAGGUUCAGUUCCAGCUUGUUUUUCUUCACGCUUUUGAUUCUUUUCCGUCGGUGCCGGUUCAUGAAGUUAUCGUGUCCUUGGCUACGUCGUGUGGAUGGCAACACUGUCUGAAAGCACAGAUUUACCAGUGCAUGCAAGGGUUCGGAAAUCCUAUGAGGUGAAAAUGGCUGGUGUACAUCAGUGUAUACGGAAGCAAUGACUUCUGAAAGUUCUGCAAGGAUACCUGCCAUGACGUAAAUCUUCAGGGGUGAAUCGUGAAGGUUUCUCACCUCAUUAAGAAACACUAGAUCCAGGGUUCUGUUGUUCUACUCGGCUGCAACUGGCACAACUGAAAAAUGUGUCGUUAAAAUCGUCAAAAUGGGCGCUUCAACGAGAAACUUGUCACCAAGUGUGGAAUAGACUGGAGGUUAGGCUGCUCACUAGCUUCAAAGCGACUGGCCGCUGCAGUUGCUCCAGUUGGCUCGUCUUCGACAGGCUUCAUACUUUGGAUUCAAAGAUAUUCAAUACAAAAAAAAAAUAUAUAUAUAUAUAUAUAUAUAUAUAUUUAAUGCAAGUUAAUAUAAGAAACUAUUGUUUUAUUAGUAAUAAGAUGGAAAGAAGUAUAAGAAAUUGUUGGAUUUAAUUUCCACAUCUUCUAAUUAUUAUUGGAAGACUUAUUUUGAAUUGUAUUCGAAGGUAAAGGUAGUGGUAUUAAAUUGCUUAAGAGAUUGAUAUGAGGUUGUAUUGAUCUAAAGGACAAUUAAAGAAAUGUUCAAAGUUUUCUUGAAAUGGAAGUAAUUAGUUUAUUUUAAGUAUUAAUAUAACCAUUAAUAGAAUAUAUAUUGAUGAAUUUUGAUUAAUUUCAAGUAAAACUAAUAUUAGUUUGAUUAUGUGAUUUAGAUUCGACUUAAAAUACUUCUUAAUAUUUCAUCUUGGUUUAUCUUUUAAAUUCAUUUACAAGGUUGUUAUCAAUGGCUUGGAGGUUGGUAUUGGAUUUUUGGAUUCAAAGUUUUAUAAAAAAAUAUUGAAGAUAUUGAGACUAUAUUAAGCAAGCAAGAUACCAAUGAAUAUACAUGGAAAGAAUAUACAAUUUGAAUUGGAAGAAUGCAAGUAUUGUUGGAGAAAGAAGAUCACUUGAACAAAAAGUAAGUUACAAAUUAUACAAGAAAAUUUCUUGUAUCAUGAAGGUCUUUGAGCAAGUAAUGACUUACAACAAUAAUAGCAUUCAAAAUGGACUAUUAUUAUAUGAAUUAUUUUUUAUGGUAUCAAAAGCUGAAUCAUUGAUAAAAAGUUAUAGAGAUGAAAAUUGGAAUCAACUGGCUAUAUCCCAAUUCAAGAACAAAGAGAGUUUUAGAAAAAUUCUUUGGAAUUUGAAGUGUUGUUAUGAUGUGACAAGUAAAGAGCUUAGAAUGCAAAAUUGGAAGACAAUUGAAGAGACCACACUUAUUACCUUUGAUGAUUCAAUCUUUAAUGAAGUGGAAGGUGAUAAUGAAGAUCUUUAUAUGAAGUUGGUCUUCGCAAGUGGAGAUGAGAAUGAUGAAUAUUGCAAAUUAGCAAAGAAUCUAUUACAAAGGUUGGAAGACAUACAAUGCAUUGAAGGCGGAGAAUUGGAUGGUAUAAAGUUAUUUUCAAAUCCAAAAAAUAUUGAAAUCAUGGAAUGCAUAGGUGAAGGAGGUUUUGGAAAAGUUUAUAAAGCAAAGUGGUGGGGGCUUUUAUGUACAGUAAAAGAAAUGCAAGUUGGUUAUAAGAAGUAUUUUGUUAUAGAAGGAAGCAUUUUAGCAAGCCUAAGCCAUCUCAAUUUGAUUAAGUAUUAUUUUGCAAUGAAAAAUGAUGAUAGUGGUGAUGGUCAAUUUGAUCCUACAAAAAAAAACAAAAAAAAGUUUAUCUUUGGAAAUAGAGUUGAUGCACACAAGUUUAGAAAAAUUGUUAGAAGAAAAAGUAAAAAGAUCAUAUCUUUUUCUUAUCAAUAUUAUAUAUCAAAUUACAAGAGGAAUGUGCUACUUGCAUGAUAUGCACAUUGCACAUUGAGAUUUGAAACCAGACAACAUCUUAUUAAAUGUUGUAAAAAAAGAAAAAAUGAAUGGGACAACCAAAUAUGUGGAUGUGAAAUUAAUUGAUUUUGGAAUGUCUAAGGUUGAUAUUGGAAGCAAUCCAAAAUCUACAAAUAAUGAUUAUCUUUAUGGUACCAUAAAAUACAUGGCUCCUGAAGUAUUAAGAAAUAAAUUGGAAUCAACGAAGUUGUAUCCAUUUGAAGCAAAUGUGUAUUCAUUUGCAAUGAUAUCUUCUAAGAUUAUUUCAAAUAAAGAUUUAUUUUGUAUUGUGAAGACAAGUAGAGAGGUAUUAGAAAGAAUAAAGAAUGGUGAAAGAUCUAAGUUGCCUUCUAAUUGCAAUGAACCAACAAAUCUCAUUGAAGAAUGUUGGAAGUGGAAUCCUUAGCAACGACCAAAAUUUGCAAGUAUUUGUAAAAGAUUGAUGAAUUUGAAGAAAAAGUUUUUAUUAGAAAGUGAUGUUGAUAAAAUGCCAUAUUUUAGUUCAUAGAGGGAGUGGAUUCAUCAAUUCAAACAAUUACAAAAAAAAUCCAAUAAAAUGCCAAUAGUAAAGUCCUCAUUAACAUAUGUAGUGAAUAUGCUUGAAGAAGAAUUUUUGAGUAGAACACAAUAUCUAUUAGAUAUCAAAGAAAUAUAUACAAAGAAUAUCAAGGCAAUAUGUCUUAGUGGCAUGGAUGGAAUUGGUAAGACUACAAUAGCAAAGAUUGCAUUCAAUGAUGCAAAGCCCAUGUUUGAUGCAUCAUGCUUUGUUGAAUGUAGUGAAAGUGGUGGAGAUUACUUUACUAUGUCUUGCAAUAUCUUAGAACAAUUGAAAAAGAAAUCAAAACCAAAAGAUAUGAAAGAAGUUUAAGAUAUGUUGAAAUUAUGCUUCACAAAGAAUAAAAUCAUUCUAAUCCUUGAUGAUGUGAAGAAGCAAAGCCAAAUUGAAGUUAUUGUGGCCAUGGAUGCAUUGUUUGCAAGCAAAAAUAGUACAUUAAUUGUGAAAACUCGAAAUUGAAAUUCAAUAGAAUAUUUUGGUGUAGAAUUUUAUAAGAUCAAUGUUGAAGAACUUGAUAAAGAAACAAGUAUGAGGUUGUUUAUUACCCAUUCUUGUAGAUACUAAGAGAUAUUGUCUAAUGAAUUCAUUGAGAUUGGCAAUGAAAUUAUAAAAGCUUACAAUGGCCUACCUUUGAGUUUGAAAGACAUAGGUGCAUUUUUAAGAAGCUAAAAGAGGUUGAGAUGUUGAGAGAGAGUUUUACAAAGGUUGAAGAAGGGAAGAGAUUUUGAUGGAGAUGAAAGUAAUAGUGAUCAUAAGAUAUAGAACAUAUUAAGAGUAAGCUUUGAAAAUUUGAAAGAUCAAGAAAAGAACAUGUUUUUGGACAUAUGUUGUUUAUUUGGUAGUGAUGUGUGUUCCCAAGACAUGCUAAAAGAAAGAGCCUUGCAAAUAUAGACUAAUAAUAAAGAUAAUAUUUCAAAAGAAUGUAUAAGGAUUACAUUGGAUACAUUGAUUGAUCAAUCAUUGGCAAGAAUAGAUGAUAGUGGAUAUAUAAGAAUACAUGAUCAAUUACAAGACAUGGAUCAAAGGAUUAUUGAAACAGAGUUGCUAAUAUGAGCACUAGAAUAUGGAACAUGAAUAUAGAGCCAUUAGAAUAAUUCGAAAAUAAGGUAUGUUCUUGAGAUUUAUCAAAAUAGAAUAUUUAAAAAUAAUUAUGAAUAGAAUGAUCAAGUAUGUAGAUAUUAAUAGUGCU